AUGGAUAGUCUAUAUAUUUUCAUUUUUAUCUUUUUAACUAUCAUUUUUUGUUUCUAUAUCUUAUAUAAAAAUAAAAUUAAUAAAAAUAAAAAUAAUAAUAAUAAUUAUAAUAAUAAUAAUAGUAAUAAUAAUAAUAAUAUUAAUUUUAAUAAUAAUAAUAAUAAAACACAAGAAAGAGCCACCCCAAACUUUAUUCCUUCAAACAUUGCCUCUAAUGAUAGUAAUAACAAUAACAAUAAUAACAAUAUAAAUAAUAAUAGUAUCCAAUCAUUAGAGUCAGAUCCAUUAGUAUUAGAGAUUCUAAGAAGGGAUAAAAUUCAAACUGAAAGAGAAAAAGCAAAUAAAGCUCUCAGAAAAGAGGUAUUAGAUUUUGAAAGAGAAAUCAGAGAAUCUGAACGUUCAGAAAGAUUAAUCAGAGAAAGACAAGAAAGAGAACGUUUAGAAGUUUUAGAAAGAGAAAGAAUCUUUAGAGAGCAUCAAGAAUGGGAACGUACCCAAUAUUUAUUAAGAAUCGAAAACGAACGUCAAGAAAGGGUACGUCAACAACAAAUAGAGAGAGAAAGAGUUGAAAGAGAGAGAAUAGAAAGAGAAAGAAUUGAAAGGGAAAGAGUUGCAAGAGAGCAACAAGAAAGGGAGCUUGCCCAAAAUUUAUAUAGAGAAAGAGUUGCAAGAGAGCAACAAGAAAGGGAACGUGCCCAAAAUUUAUUAAGAGAAAGAGUUGCAAGAGAGCAACAAGAAAGGGUACCUAUGGAAACAUUAGAAAGAGAAAGACAACCACAAAGAGUUUCAAGAGAAUGGGAAGAUGCAGACAAUUUAUUUAGAGAAGUGGUUGAAAGUAGAAAUGCCCGUCAUUUAUUUAUGGAGAGAUUUUCAAGAGAGCACGAAGAACGUAAUCGUUACAUAAGCUCAGUAAGAGAACGAUUAGAAGAAAUUCAACAACGUGCAAAUAGAAGAAUUUUAGAAAGAGAACGUACCCAAGCUCCAUAUACACAAGAAGAACAUCAAAGGGUACGUGGAGAACAAUUCGAAGCCUUAAGAUUGCAACAAGAAAGAUUACAACAAAUAAGAUUGCAACAAGAAGGACAACCACAACAAAUGGAACAAGACGAAGAAGAAAACAUCUGCACAGUUUGCUUUAGUCAGGUAGAGGCCAUUAAUAGUGCAUCAAUUGAUUGUGUUCAUAAAUUUUGCUUUGAAUGCAUUACUAGAUGGUAUUCUCGUACUAGAACCUGUCCAACUUGCAGACAACCAAUUUCAAGUAUUAGAAGAGAUAAUCAAAAUGAGGGUUUAACAAAUGAUGCAAUGAACAUAGAUUAA